AGAUUUAUUGUCAUAAAUGAAAUGCUCUCACAAUGUGCUGCAUAUUUACAUGGAUGGCCUGGUGCUUCGAUGCGUCGCACAGGAUCGUGGUUUUCUUCAUGGCGUGCCUCAUUAGCUCGUCCGUCUGCUGCUUGCUACUCACAGCUUCACUGGCAGGCGUUGCCAUGGGUUAUAAUUACUCAUUAGCUGAAUACAUCGACCUCAAAGAGACCAACAUCUCGGUGUAUAUCAAGCGAGGUGUUUACGAUGACGAGAUAGCUGAUGACUUCGAUUGGCGACGAGCGGGCGGCGAUGAAUCCAGCAUUUCCCUCAAGGACAACUAUGGCAGUAUGUUGAUAUUUUAA